AUGUAUAUGCCCCGGUCAACAUCCGCCGUGCCCCAAGGCUUCUCCAUCUACCAGCCCUCGAACGGGGCUCCCCUCCGAUUCCUCCCCGCAUUAGGUACCAAGGAGUUGGACGAUUUGCUCGACGCCUACGUCUCCGGCUCUGCCUCUCUCAAGGAGAAGCGGGCCGAGGUCUCGGUCGACUUCUUCGCGCAUAUGCAGGCCACUGGACAGUCUUUCAAGUUCUACGUUGUUCCAGGUAUGUAUGCCACGUCGUCAAUGCCCGAGCCCCCCUCGACCACCGCGGCUUCUGUCCACGCCUCGACCUCUACGUCAUCGGUCAACGUCAGCCCUGUCACCUCGAAUUGGGACUGGAGCUUCGUCUCGAGUCCCCAGACACCCGCUGAGGCCGCCUCGUCCUCACACCCCUCCAAACGCCACCAGACCACUCGUCAUCACAAGGCUAUCAGCGCCAGCUCGCAGCAUCCUUCACCUCCAGACUUCUCCCACAUCCCCGGCAUGAAGAUUCUCACUAAGGACGGCACCGAUGUGACAAACUCGGCGUCUCGCGGAUGCAAGACCAAGGAGCAGCGUGACCACGCUCACCUCAUGAGAAUAAUCAAGGCUUGCGACAGCUGCCGCAAGAAGAAGAUACGCUGCGAUCCCAGCCACAAGCGCCAAAUGGUGGCUGUUGAGAACAUGCUUCAGGAGACGCUAGACAUGGCCCUGGACCUGGACACAUCCUUUGCUUUCGACAGCUUCCCCGGAAUCGAGCUCUGCUGCAUGUCAGUUCUCCCUUUGGCCGAGUCCAGGGAGGACUUUAUCCAGUACUCUCCUUCCACUAGCACUGAGUCAGGCAUUGACUUUUCCCACUAUCAUCAUGGAUUCGAGCUUAUGUGGGGCGGCCAGCAAGUGUCGCCAUCAUCUACAUCGGAGGCUUCUCCAUUUGCAUUUUCAAACGUCCAGGAAGCUUCGUCAUUCUACUCAUCUAGCUCGCCAGACACGGCAGACUUGGCCCUGUUCCAGAGUACGGAACUAUUGGCUGCAACGGCUGAAGAGUCAGCCGCUGAUGGCAUAGCCACGCAACCGGCUGUAUAUCCACCGACUACUUCCGGCGGCAAUCACAACCGCCACAAUGCAUCCGGCCAAGAUGAAAAUAGGAGAAGCGGGAUGAAUAUAGCGACGUCAGCAAUGGCGGCAGUGCCUGGACCUGUACCAUUCAAGUCUGGCCUUGGCAGCCACGCCUCAUCGCCGUCUCCUACACCAGCAACGCACCCACGUGAUGCACCCGAUCCACUUGAGCUGCGAAACAGCGCUGCCAACAUCAGCGAGGAACCUCAAUGCCGUGGCGGUAGCGCCCCCGGCCCUGCAAGUGGCCUUGUCAAUUCCCAGCGCGUUAUGGAGGCAUCAAGCCACCUGCCGAAUACCCGUGCACGUCUGAAUACUCAAGCUCGGUCGCGUGCGACGAACUCAUCGCUAGCAGAGGCGACUGCAGGCAGCUACAGCAGCAACGUCAACAACCACCUCCCAGGUGACAAGCCCUACAAGGGACUUGCUUCAGCUGGCCCGUCUGCUGUUCCCGCCCAGGCACCGCUAUCAUCCAACUCCAGCCAUUGCGAUGGCACGAUGACGGCUGUUGAGAUUCAACCAGCCAAGAAUCGAACCCUGAUCAUUCCUGGCACGUCCGAUUCAUCCAUAUCAACGGCCCAAGCAGUUUAUGCAGCUCAAGCAUCUUCUACUGCCGCUGCCACCGGCAUCGCCACUCUGGCCACAGUUGGUCCUUCAUCGACUGAGGGGUCCAAUCUUGGCCACUAUGCAACACAGGCCCAACGCGAUUUGGAGUCUAUCGCACUGACAACGUACGUUGCACUUGUCGCUGUACUUGUCAGCAACGCCGGUCUCCAUGAGCUUCUGGGAUCCCAGAAGCAGACUGCUCAGAAAGGUACCAUGGUUUCGAAUAGGGGAGCGAUGAAGAUGAAGGGAUCGAGGAUUCCAAUGCCUCCCGGAGCGGCAAUGACGCCCCAGGUGUCUGUUUGUUAG